AUGGACAAGUAUGAACAGGUGAAGAAAAUUGGGAAAGGUGGAUUUGGAACAGCCAACCUUGUCAAAUCCAAAGAGGAUGGACACCAAUAUGUCAUCAAGGAGAUACAUGAUGACAUAUCUGAUAUGUCAGCUGAAGAGAGAGAGAAAGCUCAACAAGAAGUUGAAGUCCUUUCCAAGAUGAGUCAUCCCAACAUUGUCCAGUAUAAGGAAUCUUUUGAAGAGAGGAACUGUCUGUGUAUUGUGAUGGACUACUGUGAGAGUGGAGACCUCUCCAAGAAGAUCAACUCUCAGAAAGGAGAACUUUUCUCAGAAGAGCAAAUCCUGGACUGGUUUGUGCAGAUUUGUCUGGCACUAAAACACAUCCAUGAUAGAAAAAUCCUCCACAGAGACAUCAAACCAGAGAACAUAUUUUUGACUAAAGAUGGGACUGUACAGCUUGGGGACUUUGGAAUUGCAAGAGUGCUGAACAGCACUGGAGAACUGGCAACAACAUGCAUAGGAACAAGACUUUAUCUUUCACCAGAGAUGUAUGAGAAGAAACCAUAUAACAACAAAAGUGAUAUUUGGGCCCUUGGCUGUGUCCUGUAUGAAAUGUGCACUCUUAAGCCUGCAUUUGAGGUUGAACCUUGGGAGCAGCCACGUACGAAGAUCCUUCGUGGCUCAUACCCUCCUGUGUCUGAUCACUACUCCCAAGAACUGCGUUCCCUCUUGAAUCAGCUGUUGAAACGUGAUCCUGAAGAGAGACCCUCAGUCAGCAGCAUACUGGAGGAACCUUUCCUCUGCUGCAGGAUACAGAAGUUCCUCACAUCACAGAUCAUUGCUGAGGAAUUUGGCCAUGCUUUUCUUCACAGGGCAGGCCUCCAGUACCAGAUGCAGCAAAGCAGCCCCACAGCGUUAUGGAUCUUCCACCAGGCUUUACUGUUGAACAUUUUCCCAGAAGGAUUGUGGUUUGUCCAGGUACUCUUUUGCAAAGAUUAG